AUGGAGGAGUGGGAGCAUAAGCAGAAAAGUGAGAGGUGUCCUGACGGAAGUGAAGGGAUGGAGAGCAGGAGACCAGUAAGGUUCCUUCUCCUUCUGUGCGCAGUUUGCCAUCUGACCCAGGCUUUCCCCGCCCAAACAGGAUACUCAGAAGAUGACAACCGACAACUCCAGGUCACCAUCUCCAAGGCAACCCCGAUCUCCACUGCACAGCUAGGAGGCUCCAUCACAAUCCCCUGUCUGGUGUCCCUGUCGCCUCGGCCCCCCUCGUCCUCCUCACCCCCCAUCCCGCCCCGGGUCAAGUGGAGCGUGUUGCAUGAUGGGGAGCAGGAGGAGACAGAGAUCCUGGUGGCGCGGGGUCAAAGGGUGAAGGUCAACGAGGCCUACAGAGAACGAGCUUCCCUGGUCAACUUUGCAGACUCGCCCGAGGACCUCUCCCUCUGGCUGGGGGAGCUGCGCUCAACAGACACAGGGCACUACCGUUGCGAGGUGCAGCAGGGCCUGGACGACGCCAGCGACUUCACACAGAUCAAGGUCAAAGGUGUGGUCUUCCACUACAGACAUUCCUCUGGUCGCUAUGCAUUUUCAUUCAGUGAGGCCCAGGGGGUGUGCGAGAGCAUUGGGGCACACAUCGCCACUCCCGACCAGCUUCUGGCAGCCUAUUACGAUGGCUAUGAGCAGUGUGACGCCGGCUGGCUCGCUGACCAAUCUGUCAGAUAUCCAAUCCAAGUUCCCCGGGAAGGUUGCUAUGGUGACAUGGAUGGCCGCCCGGGAGUGAGGAACUAUGGGACGCUGGAACCAGAGGAGCUGUUUGAUGUGUAUUGUUAUGUGGAGCAUAUUGAUGGGGAGGUGUUCCAUGGCUCUGCCCCUAAGCAGCUGUCAUUGAAUGAGGCUUGGGCAUACUGUGAGAAGGAAGGGGCAGAGCUGGCUACCACAGGGCAGCUGUAUAUGGCGUGGAGUGAGGGUCUGGACCGCUGCAACCCUGGCUGGCUGGCUGAUGGCAGUGUGCGCUACCCCGUCAUCACCCCUAGAGCGCGCUGUGGAGGGCCUCAGGCAGGGGUCAAGACCCUGUAUCGCUACAGCAACCAGACAGGAUUCCCUGAAUCAUCCAGCCGCCAUGAUGUUUACUGUUUCAGAGGUAAUGGGAACUCUCACACUGAGGCCCCCAUGGACUACAUGGCCACUGAGUCAGAGGACAUCGGACAAGAUAUUGUUGUUCUUAUGAAGCCUGCCGAGGAGCUCCAUCUGAGCCUGGAUCCAGAGCAAGUGGAGCGAGAGGCCCAGAGUGUCCUGCAAUCCCUCCCCGUCUUCCAGUCAGCUCCUGCUCGGGAGGACCUGCAAGGAUCUCCCCCUACUUCCAUGUCAAGCACAGAGAUUCCACUCACCCGUACAGCUUCCACCCAGGACCUCCUCCAGCCUUUUGAUGAGACUUCACUUCCUGUAGAAGAACACUACCACUCCCAGCAUCCGACUUCACUUCCCAGCACCUCCAGUGAGCCAGACUCCCUUCUCAAAGAAAACUAUCACUCCCAGCAUCCUACUUCAUUACCCAACACCUCCAGUGAGCCAGACUCCCUUCACAAAGAAAACUAUCACUCCCAGCAUCCUACUUCAUUACCCAACACCUCCAGUGAGCCAGACUCCCUUCUCAAAGGAGACUAUCUCUCCCAGCAUCCUACUUCACUACCCAGCACGUCAAAUAUCUACUUCACUUCCCAGCACCUCAAAGUGAGCCAGACUCCUCACGAAGGAGACUAUCACUUCCAGAAUUCUAGUUCUCUACCCAGCACCUCCAGUGAGCCAGACUCCCUCCUCAAAGGAGACUAUCCCUCCCAGCAUUCACUUCACUUCCCAGCCUCCAGUGUGCCAGACUCCCUCCACGAAGGAGACUAUCACUCACAGAAUUCUAGUUCUCUACCCAGCACCUCCAGCUUCUCUACCCAAGCACCAGCAGUAGUGCCAGACUCCCUUCAUGAAGGAGACUAUCACUCACAGAAUUCUAGUUCUCUACCCAGCAACUCCAGUGUGCCAGACUCCCUCCACAAAGGAGACUAUCACUCCCAGCAUCCUACUUCACUACCCAGCACCUCCAGCGUGCCAGACUCCCUCCACGAAAGCAACUCCAGUUUCUACCGGCUCGAACUGGAAACGACCCCAGAAUUCCCAGAACCGUCCUACGAGCCACACAGACAUUACCAGCCGAUGCCAGAGAUGAACCCGGAGGAACCCGACUACCAGCAGUCAGGCUCUUCCAAGCACUUCCAGCCAAUGCCAGAGACCAACCUGGAGUUGGAUCAACUGGAAGCCAACUACAGCACAACAGCAGGUAACCAGAGUCAUCGGGAGAAUGCACAAGAGACUACCAACAUGGCCUUUGACCCCAUAGAGAAUGCUACCGAGGCACGUGACCACACCGCAGAGAGAAGGCACAAAGAGGCGAUCGUGGGAGAACCUGAGGAGACAUCCAUCUCGACCGAAUCCCCGGGAGAGCUUGAUCCCCACCCAGUCUGGUCUACACUCUCCCCCCACGGAAGGGCAACCUCAGCGUGGUUGCCCCUGGAUGGAUCUGGAGAUAUGUCCCAAGAGAUAGACCUAGGUGUCCACCAGGGAAUGCACACAGACAGAUCCCCCACCUCUGAAUCCUCUGACUUCACCACUCACAUGUCCGCCUCCCCUGGAGCCACCGGCAUCCCCAGUGAGCAGCAGACAGGAGUUCUGCAUUCAAGCAGCAUCUCAUCUGGACAGGAUCAUUCUGAGGAGCUGGGACUGGAUGUGUACUCCACAGUAGCUGUGUACUCCACAGUAGGCCAUCCACCAGGAACCUUCCAGGGAACUUCCUUCGCUAGGCCGGAAGGCAGCACCAGUCUAGAUUUCGAGGGUAUCGUCAAUCCAGAGAGAUUGGAACCUUCAGGAGCAGUGGAGCUGGCACCAGGGGAGUCUGAUGAGGAGCACCUGGGGUCUGGAGAGGGCAUAGCUACGACUGAGUCUCCAGACCUGUCCACCACCUCCCAGCUGCCUGUCGAGUUUACCACAAUGGGCUAUCAAACAACGGCCAUGUCCAGAAUAGAGGUGGAUCCCACAACCACGGAACCUGAAGAAGACGGAAGUGGACAUGAGCCAGGCACUGAUGAACCGUCCCUCGGAGACAAAGUUACAGUCUUCCCCUUUGAGUCGCAAACAACCAGUUGGGAUCUGCACCGUACCACCUCUGCACCCCAAGACUCUCAGGACGACCUUGAAUACAGCGGGGAAUCCGCUUCCUCCUCUUCCCAGACAGAGCUUCCAGACUCCACCAUGUACACAUCCACAGAGUGGGCCACACAGACCUGGAGCCCCAUCACCUCCACUACACAAAGUCCCCCAGAACCAGAGAGGGUGACGGCUCUUAUGCCCCCUGUGGAUCAUGGCCGGAUGGAUCUGGAAUUCGGCCUCACCCAGCCGCCAACCCUGCUCAUCUUGCCCAAUGAGAGAGCUGCUGUGGGCAGUUCCAGGAAGAUUUCAGAUGCCUGUCUGGAGGACCCCUGUGCCAACGGCGGCACCUGCAUUGAGAUGGGCGGGAGCACCAAAUGCCUCUGUUUGCCCAGCUAUGGAGGUGACCUCUGUCAGAUGGAUCUGGAGCAGUGUGGGGUGGGCUGGCAGAAGUUCCACGGGAACUGCUACAAGCACUUCAACCAGCGGCUGAGCUGGGAGGUGGCGGAGCAGCACUGUCGCAUGGUGGGGGGCCACCUGGUGUCAAUCAUGACCCCUGAGGAGCAGGACUUCAUUAACAAUAACUAUAAGGAGUAUCAGUGGACUGGACUGAACGACAAGACCAUCGAGGGGGAUUUCCGCUGGUCCGAUGGUAACCCUUUGCUCUAUGACAACUGGUACAGGGGCCAGCCUGACAGUUACUUCCUGUCUGGAGAGGACUGUGUGGUGAUGGUGUGGCAUGAUGCCGGGCGCUGGAGUGAUGUGCCCUGCAACUACCACCUGGCCUACACCUGCAAGAAAGACACCUCUUCAUGUGGCCCUCCCCCCAAAGUCCGGAACGCAUCUGCGUUUGGCAGAAUACGCCAGAGGUACGAGACAGACGCCGUUGUGCGCUACUACUGUGCCCAGGGCUUCCAGCAGAGACAAAACCCUCUGGUCAAGUGCCUGCCAGGUGGCAAGUGGGAGGAGCCCCAGAUCCUCUGCAUUCCUGGGGCAGGAAACACAGCACAGGUAGCAGGAGUAACAUCACCAACAACAGAAAACCAGGAGCCGACUGAAGAGGAAUCACAAACAAAGAAAACACCUCAAUACUGGGACAUCAAGUGGAACUUUUAAAUUCCAUACCAUGUCCCAUUACACUUCAAGAGUUUUCUUUCUUCAUUGACCAGAGAUCUGAAAUGGCUGAACAUGUGAAGGCAAUAUGGUGAUCUUGAAAGGAGACAAGGAAAGAGUAUUGAGACACAGGGUCAGUUUGGCAUUACAUUCCUACUCCUCCUCAAAGCACAUCGAUCUGAAUCUGUAGUUGGGAUAGCCUGGGCUUUAGUGUCUCUUGCAGCCCUACAUAGGAUGCCAUGAAUUGCAAUGUUGUGCUAGAAUGCGGAACACGGGACAUUUUCCGUGAAAAGUCCUUAGGCUUUCCGAAAAUCCUGCCACUGACGCAUAUCUAUUAUCAGUAACUCCUUGUCCAUCCAUCCUGAUUGUACACUAUAUAUAUAAAAGUAUAUGGACACUCCUUCAAAUUAGUGCAUUUGGCUAUUU